CACAAAAGGCGGCGUCCGGGCCAGGCCGCCGCCACACCCGCGCCCCGCUCCGACCAUGUCCCGCGCGCUGCUGCUCUGGGCCGCCGCGCUGCUGGCGCUCAGCGCCGGCGCCGCCGCGCUGCCCUGCUCGCCCCUUACCUUUGACGAGGAUAGCGUGGUGUGCGUGUGUAACGCCACCUACUGCGACACGUUCCCCGAGCUGACGCCGCCGUCCGGCGCCGAUGUGCUCGUGGUCACCUCGUCCCGUGGUGGGGACCGGUUCGCCGUGACCAGCGCCCAGUUCGGCCCGGAGGCGUGCCCGCCGGAGUGGGUCACCGGUGUCCGGGUGCCGCAGGCAGAGACUCGCCAGCAGGUCAGCGGGUUCGGCGGCGCGUUCACGGACGCGGCCGGCGUCAACAUCAACAGCCUGUCUCCAGAGGUGCAGGACCAGCUGCUGCGCGCCUAUUUCGCCGAGGAGGGCAUCCGCUACAAGCUGGGUCGGGUACCGAUCGCCGGCACCGACUUCUCCGAGCGACCCUAUUCGUACGACGACAACCCGGGCGAUGAGUCUCUCGAGCAGUUCGCCCUUACCGAAGAGGACUUCCUCCUGAAGAUCCCUCACAUCCUGGCGGCGCGGGAACUCGCUCCCGACCUGCAGCUCUUCGGCUCGGCCUGGUCGGCGCCGGCCUGGAUGAAGACCAACAACGACUUCAUCGGCAUGGGCUUCCUCAAGACCGAGUACUACCAGCUGUGGGCCGACUACAUCGUCCGCUUCCUGGAGGAGUACGUGGCCAACGGGAUCCCGAUCCAGGCGAUCACCACGCAGAACGAGCCGACCAACGGACUGGACUCAUACGGCUUCUGGAACACCAUGGCUUGGACGCCCGAGAUGCAGCGCGACUGGGUGCGCGACAACCUUGGACCCACCAUCCGCGGCAACGCCAACUUCUCCGACACCAAGAUCAUCAUCCUGGACGACCAGCGCAUCCUGCUGCCGGAGUGGGUGAACACGAUCCUGGACGACGCCGACGCCGCUCAGUACGUGGACGCCAUCGGCGUUCACUGGUACCGCGACGGGGAUGCGCCGGCCUCGCUGCUCACCGACACGCACAAUCUGCACCCGAACGUUCCGCUGAUCGCCACCGAGGCCUGCGAGGGCUCCAUGGUCGAGAAGAAGGUGGCGCUGGGCGCCUGGUCGCGCGCUGAUACCUACGCCGCCGACAUCAUGGACGACCUCAACAACUGGGUCACCGGUUGGGUGGACUGGAACAUCGCGCUCGACAUGACGGGCGGACCCAACUGGGCCGGUAAUAAGGUGGACUCGCCCAUCAUCAUAGACGCGCACGGCGACCAGUUCUUCAAGCAGCCCAUGUACUACGCGCUGGGCCACUUCUCGGUGCUGCUGCCGCACGGCACGGACAUCGUCGCCAUGGAGGAUCCGUCCGACAGUCUGAAGGGCGUGGUCGGUCUGCGUGCGGACGGCCAGACGGUGGUGACGCUGCUCAACAGGGCCGAGGAGGCGCAGCAGGUGGUCGUCACGGACGCGACUCGCGGUUCCGUCAGCCUGACGCUGCCCGCCCGCAGUCUGACGUCCGUUCUGUACGCCACUGCCGACUGAGCGCCCGGCCGUAUACUGUACGCCAUUUAAUUUGGCGUUAAUUUUUCUAACGACAAUAUGAUUAGACUUGUAUCGGUUAUAAUACAGAAAUGAGUUACCUCA